CUUUGGUUGAAAGAACAGGAAAACGCGAAUAUGCCUUCUAGAGAGCCUGUGCAUUCGACUGGUCGCGGUAGCGCCGGCAAUAUCGGCGUUGACAGCAAUACGUACGUUGACGGGGAUAUUGUCCGUGAGGGUACUCCGGGUGUCUCAGCAAAUGACUACAGCGCUGGACGUGGUGGAGCAGGCAACAUAAUUCACCCCACAGAGAGCGGGAAAGCAGGAAAGCCUUCCGAAGAAGUCGUCCCGGAAUCUGCGACUCGCGUGCCAGGCGAAGGUUACCAGAACUUCCAUACCGGACGCGGUGGGGAGGGCAAUGUGCACAAGGACAAGUAUGGAGGACAUAGCUCUGCGAAAGAACAGGCGGCUGCCGAUGGUCAUAAGGAGGGACUUCUGGAGAAGGUGAAACAUGCGAUUGGUUUGGAUCACAAGAAGGAGAAGACGCCUGAGCCGAAGUAAGGCAGUGCGUUUUGAAGCCACGGAAGGAUGCGCAGCGGAGAACGACAUGCGAUGAGAUGCGUGCGAGGUACUUUCUCUCCAAUUCUGGCCUGAUCUUUCCCAUCUGGGACUGAGUUUAGGCCUCUGGGGAAAGAGGGAACAGCUUGUCUUCUUCCACUCGAAGGUGCUCGGAGUGCUCGCAAGGACUCUUGUACUUCUCGGCGUGAGCCUCAUCAACAACUCAAACAUCGACUCACAUCUAGAAAAGGACAGGAAUGCAGUCUUUAUAUUCCAAG